AUUUAAACCAACAGGUGGCGCAAACCUCAAACAUGAGUAAAGUCGAGUGGAAUCAAUGAGAGAACUUCAGAUGUCCUCUGCUGUACAAAGAAACUGAACAUGGCAGCUAAAAUUCUACGAGAAAUGCAAGCACCAAUAGAUGUGGGGACAGUUGAUGGUCAGCAGCUUAUUACCCAGAUUGUUUCAUGCUACAUCAAUGCCUGUGAAACAACCAAAGUGGCUAGAGGUUGGGAAAAGAUUUUGAUAUCAGCGGGCUCAGCAUGUCAAAACUUCAUAAAGUUGAAGCUUACAGAACAAAUCUUAGACAUCAUUAAGACACCAGAACCACAUAACCUCAAAAAAGUUUCUGCCAUCCUUGAGCACAGUUCAAUCAUAAAGGAACUGGCAUCAGGGAUUCUAGCUGAUGUGUUUGCAUUGCUGGGCAAGCUUUUUACAGAUCUGAUAUUUACCCACCAUGGUAGUUUCAGUAAAUCAGAGGAAGAAAAGCUUUGUUGUACUGUUAAGCUUACACUGCAGGUUCUCCAGCUUUUUCCACAAGUAAAACAGUGCAUAAUUGAUAUGGUUUUAAAAGGAAAGUGUGAUAUUUUUCCUGAGCAGCAAUGUUUUCUUGCAACAACGAUACAGGGUGUUUUUACUACACUAAUUGAAAAGACCUGCUCUCGUGAUAUAACUCUGCUGGCUGGAACAGCAGCUGCAAUGAUAAUCACAUUAUUUCCAUCACCUGACCAAAUUGUCGGCCAUUUUUUCAGUGUGUAUGAUAUAAUAUCACAAGGUUUGCCUGUGAUAAAGAUUGAGUGGCUCAGAUUUGAAGAUUUUCUUAGCAAAUGUACUCCACAGAGAGAUUCAGGCAUCACGACUGGGAGCUGUUUGCCCAAGAUCGCCCUUCUGAAAAGCAUUAUUAUGAUGUCAAGCAAUGAUAUCAUGUGCUGCAUGGCAGGACCAGCAUUGGUGGAACCAAACAAGGACCACUCCGAAAUGCUACUGCCAUUCUUACUAAGACUCUUUCCAGCCAUUUGUGAACUUUGUGAUGCUGAUGCAAACUUUAAAUAUUUAUCAUUUCAUCUUUUAGCACUGUGGUAUAAAAAGCUCUCUGUCUGCCUGCCCACACUUAUGGAACUAAAUAGUAACCUCCGGAUCACUGACAAAAAGUCAUCAUUUCUGCAGGAAACAGUUAAAAGAAUCUGGACCAAUUGGGACAGUCCUAUAGAAGGAGUAGCAGAAUUUGUUACAGAGAUUUUCAAAAUAAUGCUGGAAGUCUGGUAUCAAGAGGUAGCAAAAGUACAAAGUGAUAACACAGGCUAUGCUAAUGAGUUGAUCACAAAGGUUAUGUCUAUGCCUUGGCACAGUCGUUCUCGCUACAAACCUUUGAGUUUGCUAAUACCCUUUGUGGAUGUGACUCUAUGCCAGAAUGAGAGUUUGAAGUUAGAGCUUCUGCAUUGUAUGGGCACAAGUUACCUGGCAGCACUGGCCACUGAUGUCUACUCAGCUUUUAUUACAUCCAUCAGAAAUAAGUGGCCUCCCGAGAAGCAGGUGCAAAUAUGGCAAGAGAUCUGGAUGACCACAGUUGUAUCUGGGCUGACCAACGAUAACUGUGUCCUGAGAUCCAGAGUGUGUGUCUACUGGCUGCCUGUGAGCCUGAAGAUUCUUCCUGAUUCUGGAACUGUACUAUACCACCAUCUCCUCCAGAAACUGCAAACUAUGGAAGAUAAUUCUGUUCACUUGAGGACAUUGUUUGCUUGGGUGACAGUGAGCAGACACAUUCGCUCUCUAAAGGAGAUGAAUCUGGAACUCCUGCCUGACAACCUACUGACCGAGGCAUUAUUUAGCAGCAAUGAGGAUAUCAGUUCCGAAGCUAUAGCAUUGUUGUGUACAACACAGAAGAAAGCAGAGCCAGUUACAGAAAGGGAGAUUAAGCAUCUGUGUGCUGCUUUGCCCUAUUGCCUAAAAGUAGAUUCAGCAGCAUUCCGGCAGCAGCUUACAACCAGUCUGCGGAAACUAUUUGUGCGCAUUCGUGACAGCUGUUUGAUGGCCGUGAGGAAGAAGACAAAAACAGAUGCUUUAACUGUUUCCCUGGAGUUUGUUGACUGGUUCUACCAGUCUCUAAUGCUCAGCUUGUUUCCUGGUGCCUGCUUCCAAAGACGCCGAACAUGUUUAGACAUUAUUCAGUCUUGGCUUGAAAUCUUCAUUUUUGUGGAAUCUGAUGCUGCAAAGAAAGGAAAAGCUAAAGGUCCAACAGAUGAUCUUAUAGCUUAUGCCCAAUCUAAUGGGUUGUGGGAUUUCUUCUCAUUCAAAAACUUCACAAGUUUGCUGUGCUGCAUUACUGAUGGGCUGAUGAGAUCCAGGAGACUGCCCUGCACAUAUUAUUAAUACUAUCCCUGGGCACAAGAAAGUGGGUCAGAGUUCCUUACUGAUAAAGAUCAUCUUGCCACUCAUUUGCUGACUAGUGGUAUUGAUAGGUGUAGAAGCCCUAGGGCUUAUGAAACCAGAAGUGGUGCUCUCCUUGUCAGGCUGGUUUAUGAAAAAUUUGUGAGAGAUCAGGGAUUCUGCUUUCACUUGUCCCAGCAAGAACAGCUGGAAAAGGUAUCACACAAUAAAGUCAUUUCUGAAGAAGCCAGCAUUACAUUUUUUUAUGACGUUUUAUUAGGACUUAUAGAGUCAUCAUUACAAGAGGCUACAAGAGAUGUUCUUCUAGCAUCCAGAUGCCAGCCUUUUCAUGGCCUUAUUCAGGCGUUGUGCCUGUGUAUACACACCGAAUCUUGUAAACCUGUUGGAAUGCCAGCUGCUAAAUGGAAAAAGGUGCUGCUCAGAACGGUUUCACUCAGCACAGAUACCAUCUCUCUCAUGUUACGCAUUCUGGCAGGAGAUCAGGGGUCUUCAGGUAGCUGUCCAUCAUUUGCAGAAAUGGGCAUUGCCUUGGAACUUUUAUUGUCUGACAGCCAGUCAGAGCAAGAAGCAACAUCAUCUCUUUCACCAGACUUUCAGCUCUUGCUGGCCUGGUGUUGGCUGAAUCUUAAGGAAAGUUGCACCUGCCUAGGAGAAGUUGUGGCCUCUUCUGUUACACAAAGAAAACCAGAAAACUAUAUGUCCUUGGGUGAAAUAGAAGCUGUUGGUCAAACCUUUCUGAAAGUACUUACUCAGUGCAGACACAGAGGUGCCAUAGAAGGAUGCAGAAAUGGCUUUAUGCAGUUCUGUGUAGUCCUCAUGUCCUCCCAAAAUGUGGAUCUUUGUAGAGUACCUGCUGUUAUUCUUAAUCAGUUGCUGUACAGCUUGGAAGGGGAUGAGAUGACCUCAUCAGUAACUCGCCGGUCUGCUGGCCUUCCAAUUGUUGUGCAGACAGUAUUACAGGCAGAAAAGAGAUGCAAAAGUGACAAGAUGCUGCAGGAGACUGUUUCCCGUCUGUAUUUAAUCGCAUCUGUUCAUGCUUUCAACAUCCUCAAAGCAAUUUUUAGUGAUGCAAGCCUUGCUGGAGACUUGUUCAGUCAUCUGGGCAGGAUGGUGCAACUAGUUAUUACCUGCUUUGAGUCAUCUUCUUGGGCCAUCAGGAAUGCAGCUGCUCAGGUGGCCAGCAUACUGGUGACCCGAAUGUUUGGCCAAAAAAGCAAGGCAUCCAUCAGCAGUAACAUGAUGACCCUGCAAGAGUUCUCCGCUCACUUUCCUGAGUUGUUGAACUUUGUCAGUCAGAAGUUAGACUUGUGGCUGGUUCAUAGGGACAGAAUCACAGAAAUUCAGCCAUCUCUGUUUCUAGUGCUUACUCUUCUUGCCAAUCUGGGACCAUCAGCAGAUGUAUGCCCUGAUGACAGUGUCAUGACCAAAAUUCAGGAGAAGGUUGCACUUGUCAUGUCAAGUCCUGUUUACUUCCUGAGAGAGCUGUCAGCAGCAUCAGUGGUUGCACUGACCGCACUUAGUGACACAGAUAUAUAUGUGCAAAAACAGCUUGCGAAAAUUCAAGAACAUGCAGACCAGAAACAGCGCUACAACAUAAUUCAUGGCAUAGCCUUGUGUCUUGAAAAGAUACUUGCAUCAAGAGGUGUGAGCUCUAAAGCUGCAGAAAGAAUCGUUCAGUUCAGUUUAGAAAACCAGUGGUUGCUGCAGUCUGCAUGCCCCAUGGUCAGCGCUAAGUGCAUAGAUGUCCUGUGUCUGGCAGUAAAGUGUUUGCCUGAAGACAGCAUGCUGAGAGAACAAACUGUGAAAAGUUUACUGAGUAUUCUUUUUGCUCCAGUAAGGCAUGAUUUGCAGAUAAGUCAGUCUGUCCUUAUUGGCAGUACUGUGACCUGCCUGCAUGACCUUUGCUGUCAAGGUCAUGUGACACUGUCAGCACAAGACUUCUACCUUUAUUGCUUGCAGUCAGAAAACAAAGAUGUCUGCAGAGCUGUUCUUCAGUGCAUCUCUACUCAUCAGCAACAUAAUGAUACAGUUAACACUUCUUUUGAGGUUUUGUUCCUUAACCCUAACUUAUUUAAGGCUGCUCUGUGGAAGUACCUUCAGACUGAAAGAGAUGAGCUAUGUCUCAUGGAGGCAGCAAAUCUUCUUGUAACUUAUCAUCUUCGUAACCAUGGAGACAAAUCAUCCAUACCUGCUGACCUUAAUCUUUACAGUGUAAAGUCAAAGUUUCAGAAAAUGAAUAGAAUUCAGGCCGCUCUGUUUCCUGUGGAGGCGAUUGUUCUGGCUGAGAAAAUGUCUAUUGCUGCAUCUGCAGACAGUGUUGACAGGAUGUCACACAUAUGUGAUUGGAGUCACAGACUCAACCUCUACAGUCAACCAUUUCAAAAUGAGGACUACAGAAUGGCUGCUGCACAGGGACUCUGCCUUGCAGGCUUGUCCAUUCUGAAGUGCCACACCCUUAAUCAAACAAUUUCCCUUGACUCAGCAGUAGUGGGUGUGUUGGAUGCUUGUUUGAUCCUUUUAGAGGAGACAAACACUGACAUUCGCAAAUUUGCCACACACUUUGUUGGUAGCCUUCAGUGGGAUAAGAAGGUCCCCAGGAUUACUGACAUCAGUUCCAAUAUGUGUUUAAAGGUGCUCAUGGACUUAUAUCAGAGAUGAAAAGGGUGACUCCAAAGCAGUGCAUGAAUUCUUGCUGAAUAAGCUUUACUCUCCAAAUGCACUAACAUCUUACAUCAAGAAACAUCAGCAGCAAAGAAUACACUAUCUGUUUGAACCUGAAGAGAAUACCUUUUUUUCUGAAAAAAUUAUGCUUCAGUUACAAAUUUUUAAAAUACUGAUGGAACUGUGCAAUACAAGUUCAGAUUUGUGCAUUCAUUAUCCCCCAUCUACUCUAGAGAUUCUAGUGGAAGAGCUUGAGCUGUGUGUGGAUAGUCUUGCAGAAAUGGUGUCGGGAAGGCCAAUUUACAAUUUCUCUGGGGAGACAGGAAUGGUAGCGUGCCUGUUAGGCUUGGUUAUGCAGGCACAGGUACUUAGCCAGUGCAUAGACUACCAAUGGUCAACUCAGUCUCCUGACAGCUUGCAACUCGGCACCAGAUUUUCAACACUCAUGGAUACACUGUUAAAAAUUCCAUUUUGCCACCCAGCACUCAGAAGUUUUCUGCAGAAAGUUGUGCAUGCCAAAGACAUUAAAUAUUCAAAAUUACAA